CUAGAGAUGAAGUGGGUGGCAGCUAAUUAAGUAGCGUCUAUCACAAAUAAAAGUCUUGGUCGUCUUCCAAUCCAAUGAGCUACACGGCAAUAUAAUUGCUACUUCAUAUUAUCGCUUCUACUUCUGCUCACUGAUUAAGCUUCAAUUCUUCACCCAAACAUUACAUUACAUUACUAAGUGAGAUCGAAUUGAAGAAUAUAUAUAUAUGGCUUGUGUUGCUGUAAAUUCUCUUGUGAGGACCAUUGAGCUUGAGUUGUUGCAACCUCUGCCUCGCCCAAUCGUAAGACAAAAGCAACUCAUCCCUGGCAAUGAAGACUUGCUCCAAUCUCUCCACCGGAAGCUUGGUUUCCUGAUAGAGCUGUUCGAUGAGAACAGAAUGGAUGGUAUUCAAGCCAUUAAAGACUUGGAAACUAUGCUCAGAGAUGUGGCUUUCCGAGUGGAAGAUGAAAUUGAAUUCCUAAUCGUACAUCUUUAUGAUGCAGAAAAAGACUUUGGAAUUGCAGAUCUUUUUGGGGAAACAGGGUAUUCAUUCAAACUUGGUUGUAUUUUGGAAGAAGCAAUAAGAGACAUUGAUGCCAUCCACAAAAACUUGUCCAAAGUCAAGAUGGAGUGUGUCGCAGCCGCCUUGCAAGGAAUUGGAAUUGGAUGGAAAACAACAAGUACAGUAGUUGCCGCAGCUGCAGCUUCUACCACAUCUAGUGAUGGAGGAGUUGAUGUGAUGAUGAUGGCGGGGGUGGGGGAUUCCUCCCAUCACCAACACGCUUCACACUCCCAGCCACAGCAGGGCAGCAGCAUAAUGGUGGGGAAAAACAAUGACUUCCACAUUGUAAAGGCCAUGCUAAUUCAACAUUCAUCAAAGCAACAGGAAAUUGUCUCCAUUCAAGGUAUGGGAGGCAUCGGCAAGACAACCUUAGCUAAACGAGUUUAUGAAGAUCCAUCAGUUGCCUCCCGCUUUGACAUCCGAGCUUGGGUUGUUGCCUCACAAUAUCAUAAUAAGUUACAAAUGCUCACAGAUCUUCUUAAAUCAAUGGGUUGUGUAGGUAGUGGCACUCAAGAGGAUCAGCUAGCACAACAAUUGUACAAAAAACUGAUGCAUCAAAGAUACUUUGUUGUGAUUGAUGACAUUUGGAGUGUUGAUGCGUGGAAUUCUGUCAAAGCUUGCUUUCCGGAUAAUGCAAAUGACAGUCGAGUAUUGCUGACUACUCGCUCUGCACAGGUGGCUACUUUUAUAGGCUCUAACAAUGACUUUUCGCAUCAAAUGCAAUUGUUACAAGAAGGUGAGAGUUUGAAUCUAUUUCAUGAAAAGACAAGCAAAUCUCUUGGUUCUGAAUUUGAUAUGAUUGGGAGACAGAUUGUUAAGAAAUGCAAAGGAUUGCCUUUGGCAAUUGUUGUUGCUGCAGGUUUAUUGUCCAAACUUCAUACGCUAGAUGAGUGGAAGAAUGUUGCUGAAGUUCUAAAUUCAUCUGCAACAACAACAAUUGAUGAAGAAUGCUCAACGAUACUCUCAUCGAGUUACAAUCACUUGCCUCACAGUUUGAAGGCUUGUUUUUUAUAUUUGAGCGUAUUUCCAGAAGACGAAGCGAUCCAUGUUAAAACUGUUGUAAAGUUAUGGGUUGCCGAAGGACUUGUAAAGGCAUCUAAGGAUAUGAGCUUUGAUGCAGUGGCAAGAAAGCACAUUCAAGAACUCAAGGAUAGGAACCUAAUUCUUGUAAGUCGGGCAAGUAGUUGUGGAAGAAAAGCAAAGGUAUUUAGAAUGCAUGAUUUAUUGCAUUCUUUUUGUGUGAGGGAAGCUAAAAAAGAAAACCUUCUGCAUGUUGUCUAUGAGAAUGAUGAGUCCACUUCCACUCCUAAAUAUUUCCGAUGGGUAAGCAUCCAAUCAGGAAGGUUUAACAGACAAACAUUAUAUUCUUCUUUAAAAAGCUGUCGAUCCAUCUUUGUUUUUGACUCCCUUGUUGACAGACUAUAUAUAUUUUUAAAUUUGAAAUUUGGCCGCCUAAUAAGAGUAGUCUAUAACUGUAAUAUAGAUCUAAAGUAUCUUGUCCAUUUGAGAUGCCUAUUGGCACCGCCGGCACGACCGGCACUCCUAGAAGCUUUAGUCAUUUCAGAUCCAUUUUGUUGUUGGAAUCUUCAAUCACUUUCAGUUAGAAGUAUUGAUAAAAUGAGCGUUUUAGAGUUCCCACAACUACAACAUUUGCGUAGUAACAACCCUCUGAGUGAUUUUCCCAUAUGUUUUCAUCAAAACUUGAAGAGCAUUGGUUGGUUGAGAGCUGAUCACUGCACAAAAGAAUUUUUUACCAGUAUUCCAUACCUAGAGAAGGUAAUGAUUCAGUCUAAAGGAGGUUGGUAUGAUUGCAUUAAUAACAUUGCCUAUUUACACCAACUCCAGAGUCUGUCACUUUAUGGUUUUAUGUAUCCGCUGAUUCCAAAUAACAAUUGCAUUGUUAGCUGUAAAAACCUUAUGAAGUUGAACUUUAGGUGUGUGAGCUUUGAGGGGAAGACAUUUAAUAAUUUUAGCAAGUUGCCUAAACUUGAGGUGCUAGUACUAAUAAAGUGUAAGUGGAUCGGUGGAGAGUGGGAACUACUCGAAAAGGAUAGUUUUGACCAGUUAAUUUAUUUGAAUAUUAGUUCGAGUUAUCUUGAGCGUUGGGAAGCAAGUGCUUCUCAUUUUCCGAAUCUUGAGCAUCUAAUCCUUAGUUGGUGCGAAGAAUUGGAAAAGAUCCCAGCUGAGUUUGCAGAAAUUCCAAACUUGAAGUCAAUCAAAUUGUAUGGAUGCCUUCAGUUUGCAGUGGAUUCUGCCAAUGAAAUUCAAAGAGAGCAACAUGAGCAAGGAAAUGAUAAUAUGGUUGUCAUUGAGGAAAACACAAUAAAAGAGAAUGGAUGGUAUUCAAGCCAUUAAAGACUUGGAAACUAAGCUCAGAGAUGUGGCUUUCCGAGUGGAAAAUGAAAUUGAAUUCCAAAUCGUACAUCUUCAUGAGAUAGAGGAACAUAAAGAGUUACUUGCAGGAAUAGCAGGUCUUUUUGUGGAAAAACCACAAGGGAAACUACUGAUGCCCAUAGAAGUUGGGAUUCAUUCAAACUUGGUUGUAUUUUGGAAGAAGCAAUAAGAGACAUUGAUGCCAUCCACAAAGAGUUAUCCAAAGUGAAGAUGGAGUAUGCCGCAGCCGCCUUGCAAGGAAUUGGAAUUGGAAGGAAAACAACAAAUACAGUAGUUGCCGCUUCUACCACAUCUAGUUGUAGUGAUGUGAUGAUGAUGGCGAGGGUGGGGGAUUCCUCCCAUCACCAACAGAGCAGCAGCAUAAUGGUGGGGAAAGACAAUGAGUUCCAGAUUGUAAAAAAGAUGUUAAUUGAGCAUUCAACAAGGCAACGGGAAAUUGUCUCAAUUAAAGGUAUGGGAGGUAUCGGCAAGACAACCUUAGCUAGACGACUUUAUGAAGAUCCAUCAGUUGUCUCCCAUUUUGACAACCGAGCUUGGGUUGUUGCCAGGGGCGAAGCCAGGAUUUGUUGGUGCCGGGGCCAACAAUUGUAGUGUAUUUCAUUUUUCUUAGCACUAAAAGUAUAGUGCUCUAAGAGAUAUUUAACUAUCAUUUAACUAUAAUAUCUAGACUUUUUGCAAUGAUGAGAAUGGAUAAAAAAUUAUCUAUAGACUUGGACCUUUAAAAUUGAA